UCGCAGAUAGAAUGACCCCUACCCAUCCACUCGACAUUCGUUCGUGCACAAAGCUCAGAAAACUUCACCUUCGUCUAUCGAUCAGCGGCAACAGCGUUCGUGAUAUCGCGUCUUGGCGUUGGCACGCACGAAGUAUCAACGACUUCAUCAAUCAAUCCAACAUCUCUGCUUCGACUUACCGCGACCUCCGAGAGCUCGUCAUCAGUCUCUGGGUUGACGGUACAGAGAAUGAGCAGCGAAAUCCCCAGACCCUGAUAGAUGAACUCCUCGCUUCCCUCGUCCGUCGGUCCACGUUGGAGCACAUCACAUUCGAAUGGUAUGAGAAAAGUAAUUUAUCGAAGGUACUGACAGGGGAAGAUUUUGCCGGCUUUGUUUACGCGUCAUUCCCCACCUUGCGAGAGAAUGAUAUGAUAUCUAUUCGUGCACCAGCAGAGGACCGCCAUUAAGGUCUCGUUGAUAACGCAGUGCAGACCAACAAUGCGUAGUGAUGUUGUGUAAUUGUAUCAGCAGUAAGACCUGUAUUUGAAAAUGAUUUUUUGGGUCCGCUUUACGU